CAGUUCCGCGGCCUCAUGCUACUGAGCGGAGCUCCUCCCGCGGGCUCCGGCCCCGCGCCGCGCGCGCAGGGGGGGGCCGGGGGCGGCCCGGGGGGGUCCCGCCGCGGUGCGGGAGGGGCGGGCGCCGGUCCGGGAGGGGGAGGCAGCGGCGGCGUGGCCAAGUGGCUCCGGGAGCACCUGGGCUUCCGUGGGGCGGGAGGCGGCGGGGGCGGCAAGCCGGCGCCCCCGGAGCCCGACUACCGGCCCCCUGCGCCCUGCCCAGCCGCUCCUCCCGCGCCGCCCCCGGACAUCCUGGCCGCCUACCGGCUGCAGCGGGAGCGCGACUUCGAGGACCCCUACUCCGGAGGCCCGUCGGGCUCCGCCGUCCUCGCUGCCCCCGCCGCCCCUGGCCCCGCGCCGCCUCCGCGCCACGGCUCACCCCCGCACCGCCUGAUCAGGGUCGAGACCCCGGGGCCACCGGCGCCCCCUCCGGAGGAGCGGAUCUCAGGAGUCCCGGCCAGCAGCGACCGGCUAGCCAUCCUAGAAGACUAUGCAGACCCGUUUGAUGUCCAGGAGAUGGGGGAAGGGUCAGCAGGUGCCUCAGGGGCCCCGGAGAAGAUCCCUGAAAAUGACGGCUAUAUGGAGCCUUACGAAGCCCAGAAGAUGAUGGCUGAGAUCCGGGGCUCCAAGGAGCCAGCCGCCCAGCCCUUGCCUCUGUAUGACACCCCUUAUGAGCCGGGUGAGGAAGCCCUUAGCCCCGAGGGUGAGGCUGCGCCCUGGCCCCGGGAGUCUCGCCUGCCAGAGGAUGACGAGAGGCCCCCGGAGGAGUAUGAUCAGCCCUGGGAGUGGAAGAAGGAGAGGAUUUCCAAAGCCUUUGCGGUUGACAUAAAGGUCAUCAAAGACCUACCUUGGCCUCCACCUGUGGGACAGCUGGACAGCAGCCCCUCCCUGCCCGACGGGGACAGGGACAUCUCCGGUCCAGCCUCACCCCUCCCCGAGCUCAGCACGGAGGACAGCAGCGCCCAGUUUGAAGGAUCUGAGAAGAGCUGCCUGUCGCCCAGCCGGGAGGAGAAGGGGCGAGCACCUCCCCGGCUCCCUGCAGCAACCCCCAAGCCAGCCAAGGCCCUGGGCACCGAGCCCAGUAGCCCCCUGGGGGAGUGGACGGACCCCGCGCUGCCUCUGGAAGACCAGGUCUGGUACCACGGGGCCAUCAGCCGAACCGAUGCCGAGAACCUGCUUCGGCUGUGCAAGGAGGCCAGCUACCUGGUGCGCAACAGCGAGACCAGCAAGAAUGACUUCUCCCUGUCCCUCAAGAGCAGCCAAGGCUUCAUGCACAUGAAGCUGUCCCGGACCAAGGAACACAAGUAUGUGCUGGGCCAGAACAGCCCCCCCUUCAGCAGCGUGCCGGAAAUCGUGCACCACUAUGCCAGCCGCAAGCUACCCAUCAAGGGGGCUGAGCACAUGUCGCUGCUGUACCCCGUGGCCAUCCGGACUCUGUAGACGCGGGGCAGGAUGCCGGGACAGACCCGGAUCCGGUCUGGGCACCUGGCUGAGGGCCUGGAGGGUCCCACGGAACUUGAUCCCGCCACCUGGCAUCCCCUCGCUCUGGGGGUGUAGACGCUGCAGAUUCCUUAAUUUAUUGUGACGAGGGAGGCGCGGGGGCCCUGGACGGGGGGCUUGUCCGGAGCCCGGGGACCCUGAGGUCUUCGGGAGGCGCCGCCCGCCCUGGGCCCUGGGUCUGCGGGGGGCAAGUGCGCGCGCGCUCCCGGGGCGCCUCCGCUCCGGGCCAACCGCGAUAAAUAAAUAGAUCCUGCCAGGCA